AUGGUUGAUGGUGAGGAAUUUGUCAGUACUUCAGAUGGAAAUUCAUUGGAAACUACGUCACUUAGUUAUCGCUAUAAAAAAAAUAAUCAACCUUUUUUUUCAACACAAGAAUGUGUAAAUCCAUUGGGAAGAAGUGGAAGUUGCAUCAAUAUCAGAGAUUGUGGACCUCUCAUUGAAAUUCUGAGGAGAGACGGAAAUUCGGCUGGAGACUUUUUGAGACGUUCAGUGUGUAGAUUCGAGGGUUCAAAUCCUAUUGUCUGUUGUCCAAGUGGCAAUGGAGAAUUUCGUAACAGAAGUACUACUCAUACGACCAUACCUACAUCUCAGCGAGAUUCGACAUACUUUCCGAUUUAUCCACCAGUAUGUGGUACUCCAAUGGCUAAUAUUGAGGUUCCCAAAGUUGUUGGGGGUGUACCAGCUAAAUUGGGUGCUUGGCCUUGGAUGGCAGCCCUGGGAUACCGUUCUAAAACAUCAUCAAACAAACCAAGAUGGCUUUGCGCUGGAAGUCUAGUAUCAUCUCGUCAUGUCAUAACAGCAGCUCAUUGUGUACAUCGUCUCAAUGAUCUCUAUUUAGUACGUUUGGGUGAUCUUGAUCUCGAUGAUAGUGUCCCGGAUGGUGCGAAUCCCAUUGACAUUCCCAUUGAACAAGUUCAUGAACACCCCCAAUACAGUGAUGUUCAGUACACUAAUGACGUAGCUGUAUUGAAAUUGGCAUGGGAUGUUGAAUUUUCCGAUUUGAUUCGUCCAAUAUGUUUGCCGUUGACCGAAGAAAUUUAUAAUACGGAUUUUACUAAUGCUUUGCCAUUUAUCGCUGGAUGGGGAUCUGUUUAUUUUCGAGGACCUAGUGCUAGUCAUCUUCAGCAACUUCAAAUGCCUGUAGUUGAUACAGAAACGUGCAAAACCGCGUUUACCCGUUUUAAAAGUACAGUAAUUGAUGAGCGAGUUCUCUGUGCGGGCUAUCGGAGAGGUGGUAAAGAUGCUUGCAAAGGAGACAGUGGGGGCCCGCUAAUGCAUCCAAGACACAAAGUUUUUUAUAUAAUUGGUAUAGUCUCAUUUGGUUAUCGGUGCGCCGAACCCGAAAUCCCGGGUGUAUAUACAAGAGUAACGCAAUUUCUUGAUUUCAUAAAGUCUCAUUUGAAUUAAA